CACAUAAACCUUUUUGUUCAUAAACCCCAAUCCACAACUCCGUAUCAAGUAAAAUCCAACCCCGACAAAACCCUUUCUCUUUGAUUCUCUCUCCAACAACACAAUUCAAUUCAAUCAAUGGCGUCAGGAAGAAAGAGAAUAGGAUCAAGCAGCGACAAUGGAGGCGGAGUAUUAGCAAGAGUGACAAACACAGUUUCAGAUUCACCAAUCUUCCAAAAAGGGGUACAAUCUGCUAGCGAUGUGGCUGGUGUCACCAAGAAGCUGCUCAAGAGCACCGGAAAAGCUGCUUGGAUCGUCGGCACCACUUUCCUCGUCCUUGCUCUCCCUCUCAUCAUCGAGCUCGAGCGCGAUGGUCAGUUGGAUGCUAUAGAGCUUCAGCAGGCUAGUCUUCUCGGCACCCCUCCCCCCGCCGCCCAUUAAAAAUCGAAUGAAUCUGGGUUUUUUUGGGGUUUUUCUUAUUUACGAGUUUGAUUUUGGUGGAACGAAUGAAAUUUUAUGGAUUUUAUGUUCUGCUAUGAAUUAAUUAAUUGAUGAGAAUGGUUUUUCUGUUCGAUUUCA